UGGCGCUGCCUCGAUUGCGACUCCCGCCCGACCUUCUGCACCGCAUGCUGCCGUAAGAAGCACAAUGACCAUCUCUUCCAUCGCGUUGAAGUCUGGACCGGAACUUGUUUUCGCCCUGCGUGGAUUCAAGAUCUAGGGGUUCAACUUCACUGCGGUCAUGGCGGUGUCCCCUGCCCG